UCCCCGGAACCUUUGUGCAGUGGCACCGCGCUCGCGCCGGGGCUCAUUCACCGACGGAACUCUCCUGCUACGGUGCUGGUUAGAGAGGGAGACAGGCUUUGCUUUCACUGAGUAGGGGAACCUGCGGUUGUUGCGUGCUCUGUCUUGGCCGUGACUGGAGAUUGGGGGUGGGGUCAGUCUGGAGGCGGAGAGAAGAAACCAUGGACGACCAGGGCUGCCCUCGGUGUAAGACCACCAAGUACCGGAACCCCUCCCUGAAGCUGAUGGUGAAUGUGUGCGGGCACACGCUGUGUGAAAGUUGUGUGGAACUACUCUUUGUUAGAGGAGCUGGAAAUUGUCCUGAAUGUGGCACCCCUCUUCGGAAGAGUAACUUUAGAGUACAACUAUUUGAAGACCCUAUUGUUGAUAAGGAAGUUGAGAUUCGGAAAAAAGUGCUAAAGAUAUAUAACAAAAGAGAAGAGGACUUCCCUAGUCUAAGGGAAUAUAAUGAUUUCCUGGAAGAAGUUGAAGAAAUUGUUUUUAACUUGACCAAUAAUGUGGAUUUGGACAAUACCAAAAAGAAAAUGGAGCUGUACCAAAAGGAAAACAAAGAUGUCAUUCAGAAAAACAAGUUAAAACUGACCCGCGAACAGGAGGAAUUGGAAGAAGCUUUAGAAGUAGAACGUCAAGAAAAUGAACAAAGACGACUCUUUAUACAAAAGGAAGAACAACUGCAGCAAAUUCUAAAAAGGAAGAAUAAACAAGCCCUCUUAGAUGACCUGGAGAGUUCUGAUCUGCCUGCAGCUUUGCUUUUAGCACAGCAUAAAGAUAGAUCAACACAGCUGGAAAUGCAGCUAGAGAAAACUAAACCAGUAAAACCAGUGACUUUCUCCACGGGCAUCAAAAUGGGCCAGCAUAUUUCAUUAGCUCCUAUUCAAAAGCUUGAGGAAGCACUAUAUGAAUACCAGCCAUUACAGAUAGAGACAUGUGGACCUCAUGUUCCUCCUCUGGAGAUGCUAGGAAGGCUUGGGUAUCUAAAUCAUGUCCGAGCUGCCUCACCACAGGAUCUCGCUGGAGGCUAUACUUCUUCUCUUGCGUGCCACCGAGCCUUACAAGAUGCUUUCAGUGGGCUUUUCUGGCCAUACAGUUAACCUGCACUUAUUUACUAGUUUAUGAAACUUAGAAAUUGGAGUGAAAGCAGAAUCUAGCAUAAGUAAAACAAGCAUGAAAUGAUCACCACACUCAGUACAACACAGCCUAAGCUGCCACUUAGGGUAGCUAUGUGAAAUAAAAUCAGGACCCAGUGUCAUGUAAUUGGGAGAUGUGUUUUUGUGGAAGAAAAUUCAUUUCUAUUUGUAUUUUCCUGAGAACUGAAAAAGUAAGCCACAUGUAAUGGAAGAUAUGAAUAACUUACUUAUGUAUACUUGGUUUAAAUAUAGACUUGUAAAUUUUUUAAAAAAUAAAGCAAGACUUUAUAUUAAA